AUGCGGUCGAUUGUUCGCCGGCUCAUGGGUAUUGGGAGUUUAUUCCACUUCUUGGGCGUAGGAAGCACUGUCUUCUUCCCGGGAAGCUGUGCGGUUAUGGAGGAGGGGGGCGCAAGUUUCUCCUCCGGCACUUCCUAUGAGUUUUUCAGCGAGAGCGAAAGGGCAGAGAUGGAAGAGGAAUCCUGGGAGGUUUUGACGAAUGCGGUUCCUGCGGCCUUGGCACUUGCCAUUAAGAUGCAGGAUCCAUUGUAAGCGAGCGCUUCCCCCGCUCUCAAGCUUUAGCUGCAGGCUGAUACGUUUUGUCCGCAGUAAAGUAUUAGAUGGAAUAGGGGGAGAGGGCUGGAGCUCUGUACAAACCGCACUUGUCCAAUUCUCCUCCAUAUUAUACCACGGCCUUGGCUUCAUUGGACCGAAGGGAGACGGGAGCGCUCUUUGGAGCAGCACUUGUGGCAGGUAGGAGUGGUUACGAGUCCCAUGACAAAAGCCACAUCACUUGA